AUGUUAUGCUCGCUAUGCAGGAACAACUUCGAAUUUGAUUGCGUCGGAUACUCGGAGAGACUAUACCGCUUAAAAGAUGCAGAAGCUGAAAAUAAAUGGAAGUGCAAAGACUGUAGCCAAAAAUCAAAAGGGACUUCGACACCUUACUCCCCUUUAUCCCACGUAACCACAAGGAAAUACAAAACAGCUAAGAAAUCCGACGAAAGCCCUUCUACUUCUAGUGCAAUUUUUAUGCUGACUGAGACGGAACCUUCAGAAAUUGCGCCGGCAAGUGUGUUAUUACAUCUGGACGAAUCACAAACAAUGCAGAAAAGCAUUGCUCAACUGAAUGCCUCACCAAUAAAUCAAAUAGACAACUCACAAGCACUAACUUUAUCCCACGAUUCCAACGAACCUGACAACUCACAUGUUCUGACUACCUCCCACGAUCUGAGUGAGCUUGUGGUUUGCUUUCGUAAACCACUUUCAAAAAGUUUGAACCAAACUAUAACCGAUUCUAUUGCAGCUAUACAGGAAAUGAAGGACACAAUUAACCGACUCCGAACGGAAUAUAACAUACUACAGAAUGAAUUCAAUAACAUAACAUUAGAAAAUAACAAUCUCCGACAGAAAAAAAAAUCAAAUUGA